GAAACAAAGCCCCUCGACUUUUUCUAUGAAGACUGAAGAGGUUUUUCUGGCAGAAGAUUUCCUACCACCAUGGAUAGCAGCAGUGGGCCAGUGACCGUCAGUAGUGAAAAUGGUAAGAAAACUUACCCUAGCUGCAAUGGUUUAUCCUAUACCAGGCAAUUUUUUUUGGAUGGUUCAGAUGUUUUUUGAAUGCCGAGAACUGCAUACUUUCUAAAGGCAGAAAAUCAGCUAGGCUUUAAUUCCCGUAGAAAUUGUUCAUCAUCAACCUCUAACAUGAUUCAACUCCGCAAUUUGAAGACCUUCAGAUUGGUUCACUCAAUAUUUUCUUGUACAUUUGCUUCCAAAACAAGAGUGUUGGUUGGAGAUCCAAAACCCUCACAUUUUUCUCUUCAGAGUCAGUUGCUCUGCAGACACAUCACCUCAGAAAUCUCAGAAAAUCAACACAAUUUAACAGUCACUUACCUCAUAAACACUUGUGGAUUGUCCCCAGAAGGAGCGGUUUUAACUUCUAAGUGGGUCGAGUUGCAGUCACCAGAAAGAGCAGACUCCGUUUUAGAGCUUCUGAGAAACUAUGGAGCAUCUCAAACCCAGAUAUCAAAGCUUAUUAGGUCACAUCCAAAACUUCUUUCAACUGAUCCUGAGAAAACCCUUUUGCCAAAGCUUGAGUUUUUCAGCUCUCUUGAAAUUUCAAAAGUGGACCUAUUAAAAACUCUGGCUUUUAAUCCAAAACUUUUGGCAGUCAGCUUGAGAAAUCGGAUUUUGCCCACUUAUAACUUCCUCAGGAGUAUACUCUCUGAGAAAAAUGUUGGUGUUGUUUUCAAGCUCAACUCAUGGAUUUUCUUGGAAGGUCACUGCAAGCAUGUGGUGCCAAAUAUUGGGCUUUUGAGAGAAUCGGGCAUGUCUCAACCAUGCAUUUCUUUUUUGCUAACUCGUGGUACUCGCGUUUUGAUGGCAAAUCCUGAAAAAUUUGGUCAACUUGUGAGUGAGGUUAAGGAAAUGGGAUUUAAUCUGGAAAAAUCAACUUCAGUGAAUGCCCUGUGUGCAUUGUGUGGUAAGAAUAAGUUGGUAUUGAAUAGAAGUCGCGAACUUCUUAAGACAUGGGGUUGGUCUGAGGAUGAUUUUCCCUCCGCUUUCAGGAAGAACCCACAGUGUAUGGUUGUCUCGGAGAAGAAACUUAUGCAAGCAAUGGAUCUUUUAGUGAACAAGAUGGGAUGGUCGUCAGGAAUGAUUGCCAAAUAUCCUGUGGCCCUCGGUCUCAGUUUGGAGAGGAGACUUAUCCCAAGGUGCUCUGUUGUUAAAGUUCUGUUGUUGAAAGGUUUCAUAAAUGAGAACUUGAAUCUGGGUUCUCUGCUGAAACCUACAGAGAAGCAGUUCUUGGAGAUUUUUGUGAACAGAUAUCUUGGCGAAGUACCUGAAUUGUUAAGUGUGUAUCAAGGGAAGGUAGAUAUCCAGGAUGUCUGAUCUGAUAUGUUGAAAUGGGUGAGGAUGUAAUUAUUUUAGCCACCUGAUGCUGCAUCACUCGUAUGCAUUAGCUUGCUUUUGGCACAAUACUAUAAUGCUGUCCUCUACCCUAGAAAUUCUCUUUAAAGUAAGGUUUAAAUUGUAUCCCACAUCUUACUAAAAUUUUGCAGGAAGUAAAUUCAGUUUUUCGUUCUUCUACUCUGCAGCCUACCUGUUUUUAAUUAGAUUUAUAUAUGCUUUCUUAUUAGAACAAAUGCUUGCCGUAGCGUCGCCCGAAUUGUUCUGUUUAUGGUUCCCGACUUUGGUUACCCUUGAAAGUUGAUUUUGUACAAUGUGCGCUUGUAUUGCUUCUAUUAGGGUACAAUAUAUUGUAUUUUGGGUGAGGAGUGGAAGAAACUAAUUUCUGUCCAUUUUUCAAAAGAUAAGAAUGACUCUCAAUCCUUUAUCCCCUGCUCUCUGAGUAAUUGUCCUCUGAGAUGCAGCUAGCCUAGUUAAGCGGCCACGGUUGGUUUAUAGGAACUACUUCAGUGUCAAUGAUUGAUUAGUUUCAUAUGGAAUCAUGUCAACAUGGCAUCAAAGGACUCGAUAAGCAUCAUUUUCUCAUUGUUUUCUCUCGUGUUAGCCUUUUUACCGAGACCUUAACAAUUCGGAACGCGAUAUCUGCAAUGCUUGAUGAAUUGGGAAUUCAGGGGACAUAAAACCCGGCUCUGAUGGAUGUGCAAAGUAGGGUGGUUUGGCAGUUGUUAUAUUUAGGAUGAAUCUAUCCCGCACUAAUGGUUGUGCAAAGAUGCGUGGAACUUCUCUUUGUUCGUCAAAAUAUAAAAAGAUGCCUUGUUUAUUCUUUA